AUGAGUAUAGAGUCAAAAUCAACUGAUCACUACUCAUCCAUAGGAAAACAAAUUUACGAAGAUAGUAGAGAUGGUAUGACACAGAAUAUACAAGUAUAUUUAGAUACAAUCCCAAUAGAUGACAUUAACAUCUAUUUAAAUAUAUUGUAUGAAGAUGAUACAGAACAAAAAUGUACAGCAUUAAUAAUUGCAUGUAAAAAUGGUCAUUACGAGAUUGUUAAGAUGUUUCUAACCGAAUGUAAACCAGAUCUUGAAAUAGAGAGUGUAGUUAUAUGUAAUAAUGAUGAAAUCAUAUCCAAUGCAACAGCUUUGUGGAUCGCUUCUUGGUUUGGUCAUUUAAGUAUCACACAACUGUUAGUUGAACAUGGUGCGAAUAUAAAUCAUUCAAUCGAGACAAACGUAUCUCCGUUACAAGCUGCUACCUAUGCCGGUCAUAUAGACAUCGUUCAGUAUCUAGUAGAGCAAGGAGCUGACAUUCAUCAUUUGAAUGUAAACAAUGAAACUUUAUUAAUGUUAGCCGCUUAUUAUGGACAUACGGAGAUCGUUGAUUAUUUUUUACAGCUGGGAUGUGAUCCAAAUAUACAAAAUUACGAAAAUUUAUCAACGGCAUUACAUCUAGCUACCGAAAAAGGGCACUGGUCAAUUGUUCAAUUAUUGUUGUCGUCAGAAAAUGUAAAUAGAAAUAUUAAAAACUCACACCAAAUGACACCAUUAAUGAUAGCUGCUGAACAGUUAUAUGAAGGACUUGUUGAUUAUUUUAUUGAAAAUCGUUAUUGUACCGAUAUCGAACAAAUUGAAGCUCUCGAAUUGUUAGGUACUUCGUAUUACUGUUAUAGAAAAAGAAUAGAAUAUAGUUAUGAUUGCUUGUUACGAGCAAUGAAGUUACGCGAAAAAAUGUCAUUAUCAAAGACAAAUCUUGUACCAGCAAUGGAAGUUUAUAAUAAUUAUAAAGAAUGUCAAACACAAGAAGAACUGAAGUCAAUUCGGCAUAGUUCUGAAGCAUUAAAAAUGGAAGUAUUAAUGAUACGCGAAAGAAUUCUUGGUCAAACAAAUCCACAAUUAAUUUAUCCACUGAAACACUUUGGUCAAAUUUAUGCUGGACAAAAAAAGUUUACAAAAUCACUACAGUUUUUAUUACAUGCAUUAAAUAUAAGUGAACACGAUGGUAAUGAGGAUGAUAUUUUACUCGUUUUUUCUGGGAUUUUCUUUGAAAUUAUUCAUCAUAAACAAUGUUUUCCAUUUCAAGUAUUGCAUCAUGUAAUGCUGAGUGCAUCUACAGAUGCACAUACAAAAAUGGAUAAUCAUCAUGUGAGACUCUAUUGCAAAUUUCCAUCACUGUCCGCAGUUCAGUUACUAACUGACUGUGGUGGUUUAAAUAUCAAUGCAUUGAAUGUUAAUCGAAAUACACCAUUACAUAUUAUUGCUAGUUAUUAUGGAUCCAUAGUUCCAAAUAAAGAUAUUCUUAUAAUUAAAGGAAUUAUACAGACACUGAAUGAAGCCAAUUGUCAUUGGGAUAUCGCUAACCAAUACAAUCAGAUACCUUUACAAUGUACAAGAUUACGGACAAUAGAACUAUUUAUAAAAGAUGUGAUGAAAUUCAGUCUCAAAUGCUUAGUGGCUAGGCACAUUAGAAACACAAAAUUAAAGUAUUACGAAUUUCUGUCACAAAGAUUAUGUGAUUUUAUUGAACUUCACUGA